AUUAUUAUUAUUUGUGUUUGUGUCUCUCUUUAAGAUUUCUCACUUCUCAACAAUCAGAAGAAAAAAACCCUUCAACCCAAACCAAAAGGUCCCCCAAACUCCUUCAAAAUCCUAUAACUUUCCAUCAUCAACAACCUCCAUCUUCAUCAAACUUCUUCACAACCCAACAUCAUUUUUUGAUAAAAAAACAAACCCACAUGGAUUUGCAAUGAAAGUUAGAGAGUUCAAUUAUGCGAACGCUUUGUGAUGCUUGUGAGAGUGCUGCCGCUAUAGUUUUCUGUGCUGCUGAUGAGGCUGCACUUUGUCGUGCUUGUGAUGAGAAGGUUCAUAUGUGCAAUAAGUUAGCUAGUAGACAUGUUAGGGUUGGUCUUGCAAGUCCGAGCGACGUGCCGCGGUGCGACAUAUGUGAGAAUGCACCUGCUUUCUUCUAUUGCGAAACAGAUGGAAGUUCCCUUUGUUUGCAAUGUGAUAUGAUAGUUCAUGUUGGUGGCAAAAGAACGCAUGGAAGAUAUCUUCUCUUUAGGCAAAGAGUUGAGUUUCCAGGUGAUAAACCUAGUAAUGCAGACAACCCGGCUUCACAACCUCUAGAUCCAGGUGAUAUUAAAAGAGGACAAAGUCCACUUCCUAAACAAAAAAUGGGAGAGAAGCAACAAAAUCAUAGGAUGCCUCCGGUUCCAACUUCAGAACCUAAUGCUGAUGGGAAUUCUAAGAUGGAAAAUAAAUUGAUUGAUUUGAACAUGAAGCCUAACAACAGAAUACAUGAACAUGCAUCAAAUAAUCAGGUUAGAGUUCAUGGGAAGUAAACUUUGUUCUGCUGGUUAUAAAUUUCUGCUGUGAUAAAUGCGUGUUUAACAUAAAUUAGAUACCGCAAAAUAUACUUAGAGUGAAAUUGAUAAACAUAUUGGCUAUUGGCUGUUGCUACUGGUACAAAGUAAUCACGCUAAAUAUGAAUAAUUUCUAGUUAGUGGUGCUAGAUUCAUCUCUAAUGCAUUAAAUAUAAUGAACUUGUAUGUAUAGCUAAUGUAGUUAUGAUUGGGAUAUAGGACUGAUAUUGCAAAGUGAUGUGAUUGUUGAAAUUAUGAUUAUCUACAAAUAAAACUUGUCGCGUUUGAACUUGAAUUCGAUCUUUCAAAAUUUGAGCUAGUCCAAUGAAUGAGCAAUCAUCCACCUUGAGGGAUUCAGUUCCACUAUUUCAUCUCAUCUUGUGAAAUCAAAUGACCAGCUUUACUUAAAGGGACAUCAACAAUAAUUGAGAUGAAUCCUCUCUACUGAUGCAUUCUACAGAAAUUAACAUUGCAAGGCCAAUAUCCAUGUGUUUAUGAUUGUGGUUUGAAAUAUUACCUUAAAAAGUUUCUAUGUAAAAUAUAUCUUGAACUUUUGCAGAUUGGUUCCUUAUUAUUUUGUUAUUUUUCCGAACCACAAACCAUUCAUCUUUCUGUCUUCAAUGCAAUCAUCCAAUGACAGGAUUAAGUAGAAGCUUUUAAGCGUAUGUUUGAUUUACCGUUACACGUUCCAAAGCAUGUCUGAUUGACAUGCAUAUGCAUCUCAUGAAUGUUUUUUGUUUAUCU